AUGGGCCUCCUCCUAGUCCCAGCCGUGGCACUCGCCGCGCUCAUCCUCUACUACGUUCUGAUCCCCUCUAAGAAGCGAAGUGGCCUUCCCCUACCACCUGGCCCCAAGCCUCUUCCUUUGGUUGGCAACAUCUUCGAUCUACCGCCGGCUGGAACGGCAGAGUACAAGCACUGGGCCAAGCACAAUGAACUCUACGGACCCAUCAGCCAUAUUGAUGUCCUCGGUACUCCCCUUAUCAUCCUCAACGACCGAGAUGCUAUGCACGAUCUUUUGGAGAAGAAGUCGACCAAGACCUCGUCUCGACCUUGGUCGCCCUUUGCCAGCGAGCUAUGUGGCUUCGGUGUAAUGCUUCCUGUCAUUCCCUACGGUGACAAGUUCAGAUAUUUCCGUAAGCUCGUGCACCAGCAGAUGGGUACCAAGUUGAUCUGCUCCGAGUUUCGAGACACCCAGGAUUUGGAGUCGCUCCGCUUUCUCAUCAGGACAAUUGAGCGACCCGAGGACUUCCAGAAGCACAUCAAGACUGAAGCAAGCGCCAUCAUCCUGCGAAUUAUUUACGGAUACAACAUCGAACCUCACAAGAUCGACCCCCUCGUCAGCUUGAUUGAGACGAUGAUGACCAACUUCUCCUAUGCUUUCGUUCCUCUCUCUUGGGCCGUGGACAUCAUCCCUAGCCUCAACAAGCUCCCCGACUGGUUCCCUGGUACUUCGUACAAGCAGACUGCUAAGAAGUGGAGACAAACUACCGAUGAGGCCCUGAACACUCCUUACAACUUCGUUAUGGACCAGAUGAACAGCGGAACAAACCGACCUUCCUACGUGUCUUCUCUCAUGAGCAAGUCAUUCAAGAACGAAGAUGGCACCGGAAAGCCUACCAAGGAAGACAUCGAAGCUGUCAAAGCCACCGCCACCAUCAUGUACGGUGGUGGUGCCGAUACUACUGUCUCAACGAUUAGCAGCUUCGUCCUUGCCAUGAUUUCCUUCCCCGAGGUUCAGAAGAAGGCUCAAGAGGAGAUCGACCGUGUUACUGGAGGCGAGAGGCUUCCUACCUUUGAAGACCAAGAACAGAUGCCUUACCUCAACGCUCUUGCCAAGGAGGCGCUCCGAUGGAUGCCUGUUGUGCCAACAACAACAACCCACGUUACUGAAGAAGAGAUUGAGUACAAGGGCUACUGUAUUCCCAAGGGCACAUACCUUAUCCCAUCAACAUGGUGGCUGCUCCACGAUCCUGAAGUUUACCCCAACCCAGAUGCCUUUGAACCUGAGCGAUACAUUGCGCCUCGCAACGAGCCCGACCCUAGUGACUAUGCUUUCGGCUACGGACGACGAAUCUGCCCCGGUCGCUACCUGGCUGAGGAUAGUAUCUUCAUGACCCUCGCGCGACUACUGGCAGUAUUCAACAUGCGCAAGGCAGUUGACGGCAAGGGCAAUGAAAUUGAUGUUGUGGUUGAUGGUACACCUGGACUUAUUAGCCACCCUGUCGAGUACGCUUACAGCAUCACACCUAGAAGUGAUAAGCAUGUCGAGAUGGCCCGCUCUGCUGAGAGGUCGCACCCUUGGGAGGAGAGCGAUGCCAGUCUUUUGAAGAAGGACUCCCCAGUAUAA